GAGAGAUUGUGAUGCUGCAUGCUGAGAGGAUGAAAUUUACGUGUCGUGUGCAAAAAGUGACGUAAAUACCGAUCGGUGCUAUUGAGUCGUGGAUUCAGGCCGGUGUGGCACUUGCUACAAAAAUAAAUCAUGGCUGUAUCUCCAAACAGAUCGUCCUUCCUUGUCAGUGGUAUUGAUCAGGGGACUAGUGGAACCAAAUUCUGUGUGUUUGAUAGCGUCACUGGAGAGAUCGCAGCCUCCCAUAGCACGGAGACAAAGAUAAUCGAACCGAAAGAAGGAUGGACAGAGAUGGACCCUCUUUAUAUCAUGGACACAGUUUGGAAAAGCAUCGCCGCUACUGUUCAACAGCUGAAGGACAAGAAUAUUGACGUACAACAGAUAAAAUGUCUGGGAAUCACCAAUCAGAUGUUGACUUUAAUACCAUGGAGCAGCAAAACGGGCAAACCCUUCUACAAUGCUAUAGAAUGGUGCGACAUUCGAACACACGCCGAUAAUGAAAAAGAACUUGACAAAGUGCCAGAAAGAAAUAUAGAUCAUUUCCGAAAAACCACUGGAAUACCUUUAAGUUCGUUAUUUUGUUACACAAAAGUUCCAUGGAUCCUUAAGAACGUUCCUGGCGUAAUGGAAGCUAUAAAAGAUGGAACCUGUAUGCUUGGUACAGUCAACACCUGGAUUGUAUGGAAUCUGACUGGUGGUGUAGAUGGGGGGCUGUAUGUGACAGACGUUACUAAUGGUCAAAUCACAGGCUUGUUUAACCUUGAAACAUGUACCUGGGACCCAGAAAUUUGCAGGUAUUUUGGAAUUCCUCACAAUGUAUUUGCUGAGGUUAGGAGUACCUCUGAAAUCUAUGGCUAUAUAAAAUCUGGACCUCUGGCUGGGAUUCCCAUAUCAGGGAUGUUAGGAGACCAAAUGGCAGGAACAGUGGGUCAGUUAUGUUUUACAGCAGGUCAAUCGAAAUGCACAUACGGAACAGCAGGCAGCUUAAAUAUAAACACGGGAACCAAGGCUGUGUACUCUACCUGUGGAAUGAUGACGUCACCACUUUUUCAACUCGGAAAAUCAGCUCCUAUUAUGUAUAACCUUUGGGGAGUCGUUGAAGGUUGUGGACAGCUAAUGCGAUGGUUAAGAGACAAUCUACAAAUCGUCAAAUCUGUUGAAGAAAUAGAAACGCUAGCGGCCUCGGUAGACUCAUCACACGAUUGUUUCUUUGUUCCCGCUUUUGGAGGACUACUGAGCCCAUACUGGGAGGAUGACGCCCGAGGAACAAUAGUAGGAAUGACCGGAUACACAAGGAGGGAACACAUUUGUAGGGCGGCUCUAGAAUCGGCUUGUUUCAUGGUUAAGGGCCUUCUGGACGGUGUUGAGAAGGAUACAGGAUAUCCGAUAUCUGAGUUGAGAGUUGAUGGCGGGAUGACUGUAGACAGCUUGAUGAUGCAAAUUCAAGCCAAUUUUGUCAACGAAACAGUAGUUCGACCGUCUGUGAUUGUGUCAGCUUCAUUCGGGGCUGCUCUUAUGGCGGGAGCGGCUGAUGGCAUCAACGUUUUCCCCGUGUCCCCUGAUAAGUUGAAGCUUAAUGUAUCAUUUCCACUUCGUGAAACCAUUUUCAAACCGGCAAUGGAUGCUCAUGAACGUGAGCGACUUUUCAAACGAUGGGAGAAAGCAAUAGAGAAGGCGAGACAUUGGGCUUCAGACUAAUGGGAUGCAUCAGGAGAUUUUUAUUAUUUAAAACGCUUGCUGCCAAAUUAAAUCUGCUGCAUCCAUGAACAAAAUUAAAUACUUAUUGCAUACAACUCGUACACUGGAAAAACCUAUUCUGUCAAUUCAUCAGGGUUUAUUAGAGAUAUUUGAGUCAUCUGUCGAGCCAGUACGCAAUAAUGUUGCCAGAUCAAAGCUGCUGCACCCAUGAAAAAUUAAAUGGUUGUUUCAUUCAACUCAUACACAGAAAA